GCACAUCUUCAGCUGUGCAGACCGAAAUUUUAACAAUAUUUCAUUGAGCUUACGUUUCGUUGCCUUCACCUUCUUCGGAGCCCUCAGGGUAGCCGACCUGUGCGGUCCACCGACCACUCCAGUCGGAAGAACUACGAUUUAAAUGGAGUGAAGGUCUACUUGCUUCGGGGGCUCGCAGAGAGCUGA